GCGAGCUUGAGCGGAGUACCGAACCAGCAAUUCUCAGUCUGUUCCGGAAGCGGUGUACCGAUCAGGAGGUUGCAGUUUGGUGUGAACAACGCUGAAGUUUGGUGUGGAACGAACGAAAGUGAAAAAGUGGAGCAAGAUGAGUAACUACGUGGAAAGAAUGUCGGUGCAGUACCACAAUUUUUCACAAGGGGCAGAUCCUCUUAUCGACAGCUGGCCACUGAUGCAAACGCCCACACCGAUCCUCACAAUCUCGGGCCUCUAUCUACUGUUCGUCCUUUGGAUCGGUCCCCGGUGGAUGGAGCAUCGGAAACCGAUCGAGCUGCGGCGCACACUGAUCGUGUACAAUGCGGCCCAAGUCAUCAUCUCGACCGCGUUCUGUCUGACGCCAUUCUUUACCGGCCUGUUUGGACAGUACCUGUCGAUGUCCUGCGGUGAACCAAUGACUGGCAUUAGCAAAGAGCUCCAGCUGUCGGUAUGGAACGGUGCCUGGAUGUAUCUGCUUCUCAAAAUCAUCGAGCUGCUUGAUACCGUAUUCUUCGUGCUGCGCAAGAAACAGAACCAGGUCUCAUUUCUGCACGUCUACCAUCACACAAUAAUGGUGCUGUUUACGUGGUUCUAUCUGAAGUACAUUCCCGGUACGCAAGCAGCUUUUAUCGGUGUGCUGAACUCGUUCGUGCACAUCUUCAUGUACACGUACUACCUACUGGCGGCCCUCGGACCGCAGUCGCCCAAGCAGAAAAAGCUCUGGGACCAGAAGUACCUGUUCUGGAAGCGCCAUCUGACGACACUGCAGCUCCUGCAGUUCGGCAUUAUGCUGUGCUAUUUCGUGCUGAUCAACAGCAUGCAGUGUCAGGUGCCGCGUGCACUGACGUACUUUUUCGUCAGCAACAUUACGAUCUUUCUGUUUCUGUUCAUCAACUUUUACCGGCAGGCGUACAGGAAGCGGCCCGCUACUGCGAAGGCGGACUAAUCUCGGCCAUUUGGGUUGGAUUUCAGUAAUGUUUAAAUGUGUUUUAUUUAUUUGCUAAACCAGUCAUCAGCUGUCUCUUAGUGCUGUAAUAGCUUAGAAAAACGAAAAUAAACUCUACUG